GAAGGCGGUGGCGGCGAGUUAAGGUUGGCUCGGGACGUAAUGGCGGACUUGACCCGGGCUCAGAGUACUGACGUGGUGGAAGAGAUUCUGGACCAGGAAAACAAGAGGAUGGCUGACAGCUUGGCCUCCAAGGUCACCAGGCUCAAAUCACUGGCCCUGGACAUCGAUAGGGAUGCAGAGGAUCAAAACUGGUACCUGGAUGGGAUGGACUCGGAUUUCACCAGCAUGACCAGCCUGCUUACAGGGAGCGUGAAGCGCUUCUCCACCAUGGCAAGGUCUGGGCGAGACAACCGGAAGCUUCUGUGUGGUGUGGCUGUGGGCCUAAUCGUGGCCUUCUUCAUUCUCUCCUACCUUUUGUCAAGGGCAAGGACGUGAGCCAUUGGGAACUGGCUUUUGCCGGUGCCAAGGGCAGCCCGGGUCUUCCCCACCUGGUGUUCUGGGCUCCAGAGGACUUACGUACAAGAUACUCUUUUGAAAUUACAAUCUUGGGU